AUGGGUACUGUAGAAGAUGAAGCCCAUUAUGAUUCUAAGUUUUUGGGAUCUGAUGCUGAUGAGAAUGGUUAUGUCUCAGGACUAGAAUUCCUAUACUACUUCAAAUAUGGAGUCUGUGAUAUUAAUAGACACAGGAAGUUGGAUAAGGAGCAGUUUAGUCCUGCAAUGUGGUUAGUUGAAAGUAAACUCAAAAGGGGAUUGAUCCACCAGAUACACUUUCCGCUGAAAUGA